UUUUAGAUGAAAUAGUUAGUCGUAUUUGCAAUAAUGGUAGGCUUGGCAUUAAGUACAAGCAUUACAUCGCCUAAACUAUUGUUGGAAUUGUAGGCAAGGACAGAAAAUGUAAUAGAUGAUGGUGUUGAUCUAUUGGAACAACUUUUAGCUACAACAGAAUAGUAAUAUGAACAAGUGAUUCAAGAAAAUGAAGUUGAAUAACAAUAAUUAAAAGAGCAAGUGGCUUCAAAAGAGCAAUAACUUUAUGAUCUUUAAAACACUUGUAUGGUGAUGUCAGACGACUUGGCCUUGUUGAAAUAAUAAAUAGAAUUGCAUGGAGAUGACACAGCAUACUUUAGAAAUGAAAUAGUAAAAGAUAAUCGUAGAAUUGAAGUACUUGAAGAGCUUCGUUGUUAACAAAGCAAGAAUUGGUUGAAUUUCAUAAAAUCUAGCAAAUAUAUUAUGAAUUUGAUUGAAUUCUUAAGAAGAGCAAUUUAGAAUUAUGGUUCAUUUGCUGAGAUUUCAAACUUUUCAGUCAUGUUAGAGACUUUAAGUAAAGAGGUAGAUGAUAAUGAAUUAUUAAAUUCACUUUAAGCAGUAAGUAAAUCAAGAGCAAUUACUCCAGUGAGAUAAGAAUUACUUUAAUUACUUGAUUAGAUUGAGGAAUCAAUCAAGGCAAAGAUCAAUACAAGUUAGACUGAUGAAGUAAAUAAUAAUAUUAAUAAAAUAAUAAUAGAUUUUAUCAACAUCAAGAAUAGCUGAUUAUUUACAUUAACUUAAAUAAGAGAUAGCAUGGUAUGAGAAUGAAGUUUAAAAAUUAAAUGAAGCUUGGGGAGAAUCUCCAGAAGAGACAGUAAAAGAAAGAUAAAAGGAAUUGGAUGCUUGUGAAAGCGGUAUAAAUGCAAAGAUUGAAGAAACAAAAGAAUUCAGAAAUCAUGUAAGUGAAUAAAUAAUUCAUAAUGAAUCAAGAUAAGCACGUUUCUUAGAAUAAAAAGAUUUAGUUGCUUAAUUGGUCGUUGAAUAUUAGAAUGCAUUUAAUAAGAUUGGAGAAACUUAUAAAAUAAGAAUAGAUGAUUUUGUUGAGGAUGGAGUUUUUGAUAAGACAGUUGAUUUUGAUAAAAGGUAUAAUAUAAAUGAAAUUUUAAUUAGAUCAUUGACUGAUUUGUAUGGUGAUAAAGAGAACACUUUCUAAUAAUAUGUAGAUGAUUUAGUAAAUGGAGUUGCUACACCAGUAGAAGUUCCAGUUGUUGAAGAAGAACCUCAAUCAGAUGAUUUUGAAACAGGAAGUGAAUCAGAGGAAGUAGGAAGUGAAGAAGCUGAAUCUACUGAACAAGAAGUAGAAACUGGAGAGAGUGUUGUUGAGACUACUACUGAAGAAGAAACAGUUGAAACUACAACAGAAUCAGAAGUUGAAACAAUAACUGAAAAUACAGAAGAAACAAAUUAUUUUGAAUAAGGCGAAAUUGAACAAUCUGUUUGAUUCUAUUAAAAUAAAUAAAUAUUUAUGUCAAGACACU